AUGGGCAAGAAACUAAGAUUUCCUUUUCUUUUCAAAGCUGCAGAGACAACCAGCAUCACCUCUUGGCCAUGGCCAACCUGUGUCAACAACCCUAAAACUCUCUCUUUCCGAUCUCCAAAUGAAAACAUAUUCAAAACUAUGAAUUCUCUCGACAAAGUUGCCCCUGAAUGCAAUGACAGUACCCCAGAUUCAUCUAUUGAGUAUGAUGAAAGCAUUUUGAAUGCAUCACAAGCGUAUGUUAAUAUUCACGAUUCGAGUAUUGAGACAAUGAUUCAAGGACUAAGGACGGCUGACCGGCUGUUUUUUGAGCCUGGACAGGAGACAAGCUCAAUACUUGAAGAAGCAAAUAAUGAUGAAGAGUUUCCAUUUAAAGAAAGUGUGGUGGUAAUGGCAAUGGAUUCGAGGGAUCCGUUUGUGGACUUUCGGGUUUCUAUGGAGGAAAUGGUGGAGGCUCAUAGCUUGAAGGAUUGGGAUUUUCUUGAAGAACUUCUAGCUUGUUAUCUUGAAGUCAAUGGCAAAAACAAUCAUGGGUAUAUUGUUGGAGCUUUUGUGGAUUUGUUGGUUAAUCUUGCAAUUGUUUCUGGUUCUGAUUGUGAUUGUGAUUCUGAUUCGUCUGCCAUUGAUGAACCUUGUUGUUGUUCUUCCACUUCUUCUCAUAUACAUUCUUUCACCUCUCUUCUGUCGUUUUCUUCUUCGGCUUCCUUCACCAGUCCUUGUUUAUCUUUUGAUAAAACGAUGGAGGAUGGUGAGAGAAUUGAGAAAAUUGUUGACAACGCUUCAUCAUCUUCAGAAGUUUGA